CUUCAGAGGCACAGUUUGACCCAGUACAGGCAAACGGACGGACAGCUGCUCGAGGCAAAAGGCGAUCAACUAGGAACGUCUCAAGAUCCCGUCCCAUGAUGCACGUGGCUGCAGUGCUACUGGCUGUGACCCUGUCUCUCGUCGGGGGAGACGUUGUCGCCCGCUUCGAGGAUGUCCCAGAGUGCACUGCGUAUUUCUACCAGGGAAAAGUGCCGAACUGGGGCGCUACCACCCCCGGCGCUGCCCGCCUGUGCCAGCGCUUCAACAACAGGUACCACUUCGCCACGCUGUACGACACCAACCGACGCAUCGCGGUGUACUCGGCCUACCGCUUCCAGCCCAGUAACGGAGGAGGAAGAGAGAAGAGAUGGUUUGUAGAGCCACAGCUUGUAAACCUUACAUGGGGUGCAGAGAUGAAGGAUGGGUACUGGCUGGAGAAGGACAACCCUGGUGUUUUCCUAGGUGAAAGACAGGCUCUCAACGAAGACUACAAACACUCUGGCUUUGACCGUGGCCAUCUCAACCCCAAUGGACACCAUGCAGUCCCCAGUCGUAACGCCACCUUCACCCUUACCAACGUGGUGCCCCAGAACCCCAAGCUCAACCAGAAGGCCUGGGCGCAGCACGAGGCCCAGCUCACCGACCUCUUCAAAAGCCAGUGCGCCCAGGCGUAUGUGUUGGUCGGAGCCAUCCCCUCCCCGGACCACUGGAUCGUCAGGAACAACGUGCAGCGUGUCAACAUCCCCGAGUACGUCUGGAACGCCUACUGCUGUGUGGACAACAACGGGAAGCCCGUCCGUAGUGCCGGCGCCACGGCUCUCAACACCGAGCGGAACCUGGUGGACCGGCAUUCACUGCCGGAGCUGAGCAGAUUCCUGCAGCAGUUUUCGGACGUACCAGUGGGGGAGCUGUUUCACAACAACUGUCAGAUAGGGACCCAGUGAGAGCAUCCCGGUCCUGGGUUUCUGGUCGUGUUUUUAUAGCGUGAAAGGUGAAAAGGUUGUGAAUGUCAUUUAAUAGUAUUAGUCACCUUUGGCCCAGUUCUGUGGUUUCUACUGUGGAAAUGUAAUUAAAUACUGUGAAUUAAAAAGAAAUAC